UUCAGCUGACUGGCGGAGCCCGAGACCAGGUGCUUGCGACGCAGAAAAACCUCCAGCACUAAGGAACGGCGGUGGCAGGGUCUACCGAUCUGCGAGGUGGCAGGAUCAGAGGAUGACUUUCAGGAGCUGGGUUUCUUUUUCCACCAUAUGGACCGUGGGGACUGAGCUCAGAUGAUUUGGUGGAUGGGCACAAUGAGAGUUCAAAGGCAACUCAUCACACUCCUGCUUCUGGCUGUCCUCUGUUCCACAGGUGUUAGCCUCAGAUGCUACAACUGUUUAGACCCGGUUUCCCCGUGCAAAACAAAUAUCACUUGUUCACCUAACCAAGAUUCCUGCCUCAUCGCUGUGUCCGGAAGGCAAAUCUAUCAGCAGUGCUGGAAAUUUUCGGAUUGCAAUUCCAUGUUCAUUUUGAGCCGAUUAGACCUCGCCAAUGUCCAGUACAGAUGCUGCCAGCUGGACAUGUGUAACAAAAAGCUCAAAGAAGAAAGCAGCGGCGCAAGAGAUGAGGCGAGCUCCUUAUCUGGGAGGACCGCGUUGCUGGGGACCUCGGUUCUGGCAGCCAUCUGGAAGCUGUGUUUCUAAGUCAUCACUGAGCUCCGAAGCGCCUCCGUUCUCUAUCUUCUUGCUGCUGCUGUGGCACUCCAAAGCUGUUAUUUUUUUCCAUUAUUGCUUUUUGGAAAGCAAUAAUUUCCAUUAGAGCCUUUUGGGAAAGAAUAAAGUUCACUUGGAUAUCGUGGAUAAGAGGAAGGGACUAAGCAGUGUGAGGAGCACCCUGCACACAGGGAAAAUCACUUGAAGUUUAAGGGUGAAGUUCGUAGAUCUAAUUCCCUUAGGUUAUACAAAUCUUCCUCUGCUCUUGGGAGGACUGGCUUUCUAUUUCUGCGUAAGUUGGCUUUUGGCAACCCUCAGGGAUAUCUCUCUGGUUCCUAGAAUAUAGCUGAGAAGUACAGUCAGUACCUUUAGGGGUGAGCGAGCCAGGGGGAUUCUUUUCAUCAUUCUGUCACACUCAUAAAAUACUUUCAUAGCCUUUGCAGAUCCUGAGUUGGUGUGUGAGUAUUCCAGAUGUGAGCUGUCCAUCAGGAUCAGUGAUGUUGUUUGUUUGUUUAUUUGUUGAAAAAGAAAAAAUAAUGCUGGGAAUGAAACCCAGAUCCUUGAGCAGGCUAUAGGCAAGUGCUGUACCCUGAAGCCAUACUCCCAGCUCAAGCCUAUUAUCUCGACACUGGAGAGGCAGGAGGAUUGCCAUAAGUUCAAGGCCAGCCUGACCACAUAGUGAAUUCCAGGUCACCCAGAACUAUAUAGUAAGACUAUGCCUCAAAAAAAAAAAAAAAAAAGAAAGAAAAAAGAAAGAAAAGUAAAAGUAAAAGAAAAAAAAACAGUAACAAAAAAAAUGAAGAAGGAAACACAAAAAGUCUGCCUGUUCUUUUUGUAGAAGUACUAGUGACUACAGUUUGAGGUUUUCCACAUCUCUAAAUUUUGCAUGGGCUUUCCUAACUUAUCAGAAAAAUGUAAGUUGUUUUAAAGUUAUUUCCUCUCAUUUUUUUCUUAGAAAAGCAAAUUAUCUUGACUUUGCUCCACAUAAUGAAAUAAUAAACAGUCUGUGCUAUAUGA